UGUCUGAUUUUAUUUACCAUGCGCCGCCCACACUAAUAAACAGCGUCAUUAAACCGAACACACACAAACGAAGCACAAACUGUCACUGAAUACUCAAACUCCCAAAACGACUUUCGACACCGGGCGCCUCCCCCCUCUGCUCCUGUUCCUGCUCCUUCUCGCAGCAGCAGCAGGUUCUCGGCUUGCCCUGGAGGAGCAGUGGGAUGCUGCUGUGCACACCCUUCUCAUUUUGCUGUCUCUUCACAUCAGCUCCAACCAAGAAGCCGAUGAACAUCUAAACCGUCUCCGGUGAUGUGGCGUAGCGCCGGCUGACCGCGUCUUCUUCAGUUGCCUGGGAGUGUAGCCGCCGUUAGCCGCAACCGAGCUACCGUUAGUAAUGAAAAAACUGCGUGGACGUUUUUAUCCUUGAUGAAUAGCGGUAACGCCACACCCCAGUGACAUGUAGCGAUGAUGGCGGGGUCAAAGAUGUCUCUGCCGCUGGCUGUGGUGGUGGUCCUCUCAGUGCUGCUGACAGGAGCAGCCCAUGCUGGGCCUGAGUUGGACCCAUACAAAAUCUUAGGAGUAACCAGGAGUGCAAGCCAGGCCGAGAUCAAGAAAGUCUACAAGCGUCUGGCAAAAGAAUGGCAUCCUGACAAAAACAAAAAUCCAGGUGCUGAGGACAUGUUUAUCAAGAUCACCAAAUCCUAUGAGAUCUUAUCCAACGAAGACAAGCGUGCCAAUUACGACCAUUAUGGGCAGACUGAUGACACCCAGCCAUACAGCAGUGGUCGCUACGGUCACCGCCAUGACAGUUUUUACUUUGAUGAGUCCUUCUUCAACUUUCCUUUCAACAGCAAGAACCACAGGGACUUUGCUGACAGCAAGUACACAUUGCACUUUAACCAGUAUGUCAACGACGUGGUUCCUGAAAGCUACAAGAGACCGUACCUGAUAAAGAUCACCUCUGACUGGUGCUUCAGCUGCAUCCACAUUGAGCCUGUAUGGAAAGAGGUGGUGCAGGAGAUGGAGAAUCUAGGUGUCGGAAUAGGUGUAGUGGAUGUUGGCUAUGAGAGACGGUUAGCCAAUCACCUAGGUGCUCAUCGCACCCCAUCAAUACUUGGAGUCAUCAAUGGCAAAGUGACGUUUUUCCAUUAUGCUGUAGCGAAGGAACACCUGAGGCAGUUUGUAGAAGACCUACUUCCUCAGAGACUUGUGGAGCGGGUCACUGACAAGAAUGACCUGCAGUUCUUGAACAGCUGGCAUGAGCUCAACAAGCCACAUGUGCUUCUGUUUGACCAAGUGCCUGUAGUUCCUCUACUAUACAAACUAACAGCUUUUGCUUAUAAGGACUACUUGCAGUUUGGCUAUGUGGACCAGGGCCUCUCAGAAACGGCCAAUCUGCAGAAACAGUUCAAUAUCAACACAUAUGCACCAACCAUGUUGGUUUUCAAAGAGAACAUAGACAAGCCAGCUGAUAUUAUACAGGCCAAAGGAAUGAAAAAGCAAAUUAUCGAUGAGUUCAUGUCAAACAACAAAUUUCUCCUUGCGCCAAGGCUGGUCAACCAGAAGCUCUUUGAUGAGCUCUGUCCUGUCAAACAGUUUCACAGACGCAGGAAAUACUGUGUCCUGCUGAUCACAGGUGAUGAAGAGACCUUUUCUUUUGGGAACCAGGCGUUUCUCUCAUUUGCUUCUACCAACAUGAAGGAAGUUGUGAGAUUUGCUUAUGUAUACCAACGGCUACAGCAACCUCUAUGUGACAUCCUCAUGCAGAACAAGGACAGUGCACAGUCACCACCACAGGUGGUGAUUCUGGAGAGGCGUAAUGCUGCGGGGAAAGCCAUGUUCAAGCCAGUGACCGCCUGGAACGGCAGCGAGGAGGACAAGCAGUGUCUCCUGGAAGAGUUGGAGCGUCUUCAGAAGGACCCAUCCAUCCUCAUCCACGACGCCAUGCUGCCUGAGCUCAACAACGAGUUUGCCUCUAUGUUUGUAAUCCGAUGGAUCUAUGCAUCUUACGAUUACCUCUCUGAAGUCAUUGACGAUAUUCUGCAUAACAACUGGCGUGAGAUGAUGCCUCUUCUGUCCCUCAUCUUCUCUGCCUUGUUCAUCUUGUUUGGAACUGUGGUCAUCCAGGCCUUCAGUGACUCAAGUGAAGAUAAACAGACAAAACCAAAGGCAAAGGAUGGAACAAAAGCAGAAAAUGGGUCACCAGGGACCGGAAGUACAUCAAGUCGGCCUCCCAAGAAGAGUUUUGUUGAGGUGACGGAGCUGACAGAUAUCACUUACAUGAGCAAUCUGGUGAAGCUGAGGCCAGGACACAUGAACAUAGUGCUGGUGCUCACUGACGCUUCCAAGAACAUCCUCCUCAGCAAGUUUGCCAAAGAGGUCUACUCUUUCACAGGGAGCCUGACACUGCAUUUCUCCUUCCUGAAUAUCGACAAGCACGGCGAGUGGAUGAACACACUGCUGGAAUACGCCCAGGACUCCAUGCAGAUUGAUGCGGACGAGGAUGACGGGGGCAACCACAAGAUAGACUACACCGGCUAUGUGCUGGCACUUAAUGGCCACAAAAAGUACCUCUGUCUGUUUAAGCCUGUCUACACUGGUGAAGACUUUGACAGCAAAUCAUCUGAGGACGAAGGAGGCACUUCAGGCGGAAGGUCGAGGUCCAGUUCCCGUGACGAACACCCACCGCGGAAAUCCACCCGAUCCCGCAGCAUGUCCACCCUGCAGAUCCACCACAAACUGGACCGCCUGGGGUUGUGGAUGGAAAGGCUCAUGGAAGGCACCUUGCCUCGUUACUACAUCCCGUCAUGGCCAGGACUAGACAAGAUCACCGCCAGUAAAUAGAACGGGGCAGGUUAGGAAGGACGUAGUAUUUAUAGACUUGUCACACUGAAAUGGCUCCCCUCGUGUCCUGCUGGAGUAAGGCUAGAGCUGCCUUUUUUGCACUUGAGAUAUUUAAUAGUUACAGAUAAAAGUUGGAUCAAUAUUACAAAUAUGGCUUUAGUGAAACUACUGUGGGACAGGUCCUUUAGCGUACUCUUACAUUCAUCGCAUGCUGUUCUAAACUGUUGUUAGUUUUAUUUUCUUUAGGCAAACGCUGCUGCUACAGCCUUGAGAACAGAAAACAGAAUCACUGUGGCCACCUUUUCUCCUGCCUUCAUUGUCCAUCCAGGAUAUUCACACACACACACACACAUUAAAGGAGACAGGACAACUACCUAAGUCUUUAUUGAUGAAUACUGUGAAUAGAGAUGCAUGUCUCUAACAUUAAAUGUCUCUGCCUUUUUA